AUUCUGAUAGAAGGAGACAUGAGUCAACUGAAUUUAGGAUUAUCAGAAAAAGACCGCAUACGCAUUCAAGAUACUAAUUUGAUUUUUCACACUGCAGCAUCCGUACGAUUCUUGGAUAAUAUUCGUUUUAUAGUUAACACAAAUAUUAGGGGAACGAGGGAUUUGCUUUUGCUUGCCYAGGGGAUAAAAAGUUUAGAGGCCUUUGUUUAUAUAUCAACGGCAUAUUCACAUUGCAUAUAUAAAAGAAUUGAAGAAAAAUUCUACAAGCCGCCUAUAAAGACGGAAGACAUAAWUAAAUUGGUAGAGAUUUUAAGCGAAGACGAAUUGGAAUUAAUUACCCAGAAGCUACUUGGUAAUUGGCCUAAUACUUACGCAUAUUCGAAGGCAAUCUGUGAAGAUACUGUACGGCAAUAUUCCUAUGGAAUUCCAUCUUGCAUCCUUAGGCCGUCUAUUGUKGCUUCAACGGAAAAAGAACCAAUUGCCGGUUGGAUCAAUAAUAUUUAUGGAGUAACAGGAACUGUUUAUGGUUCUGCGCUUGGUGUUUUACGCACGUUGCAAUGCAAUGAAAGGCUUAUUUGCGACAUAAUUCCUGCUGACUAUGUUGUUAACAACAUUAUUGCUGCUGCAUGGGACGUUGCACAGAAACAGUCACUUUUUUUAACUUUUAAAUAAUCUCUAAAAUGAGUUGCUAGUUUUGCUCUAAAUGUAAC